AUGGAUUCCAAUACCAGUCUAUCACCGAUGUCCCCGGCCCAACCAAUUCCCGCAUCGCCAUCUGCAGGUGCAGGUCCGAGAAAACGAUCCAUUCAUGAAGUUGAUGAUGCCACUACCCCUUCUCCGAAUGCAAAGCGGCCUUUGACGGAAUAUACGGCUGAGAACCAGGAGAAUCGUGACCCUUCACAUUCUGAUGAGGCUGCUCCUCCUGCGGAUAAUUUUAGGAAUUCGUUCCCAAGACCGACUGUUGAGAUUGUUGUGAGGAAGUCUUCUAGUGGGCAAAACUCGCCAAAUACUGCUUCGAAUGCUGAGCCUGAUACAUCUGCUUCUAAGAAGCGGAAGGCUGCGACUGCGAACAAGGAUGCUAAGCAACAAGAGAAGGAUGCGAAGGAGCGUCAGAAGCAGGAGGAGAAGGUGAAGAAGGAGGAAGAGAAGGCUAAGAGGGAAGAGGAGAAGGCUAAGCGGGAAGAAGAGAAGCGAUUGAAGGCUGAAGAGAAGAAGAAGCGUGAUGCUGAGCGUGACGAGGAAAAGAGGAAGCGGGAGGCUGAACGGGAGGAAGAGAAGAAACAGCGUGAAGAGAAAAAGAAGGCUAAGGAGGAUGAAAAAGCUGCGAAGGAGGCUGCCAGAGAAGAGGAGAAGCGCAAAAAGGAUGAGGAGAAGGUGAAGAAGGCUCGGUCACAAAUGCGGUUGAACUCUUUCUUUACCAAACCUCCAACCAACUCUGCUCCCUCGGAACAGAGCACUACGACUGCGUCGCCUAUGAAACCUUCGGCUUCCAAUGAUAUCAUUGACGAAAUGCCCCGGGACCAGAAGUCGGAUUAUGAGCGGGUAUUUCCUACCUUCUUCUUGCAGUCACAUACAACAGUGGCACCCCCUCAUCGAUUUGGGCGUGACUCUGGAGCACUAGAGCAUGUACGCCAAACAGUCGAUGCGUGUCUGAAUGCUGAUAGCUCAGCACAACCACGACCAUUCCGUCCUUCCGAAGUUUUUAAUAUGAUUCCGUUCCAUCGCAAGAGAGGCCGGGCGACCGCUUCUGUCAAGGACAUUUUCUUGCAACUGCAAAAACCCGGGGAACAUGCAACGCAUAUUUCCCAGACUUUGAGCAAUGGGCCUACUACGAGACCGGAAGAUCUCCUGCGCAAAGUAACUAUGAAGUCACUGAAGUUCGGCGAGGAUAUACGCCCUCCUUAUCAGGGAACUUUUACUCGUCGUGUGUCCGCUUCAUCCGCAAAAAGACUCUCGCGAAACCCAUACUAUCGAGGCUUGCCGGAAACAGAUUAUGAUUAUGACUCGGAGGCAGAAUGGGAGGAGCCUGAAGAGGGCGAAGAGCUGGACUCAGAAGAGGAAGAGGAGGGCAGUGAUGGCGAAGAAGAUGAUCUUGACGGUUUCCUUGAUGACGAAGACGAUGCUCCUGCCGAUGGCAAGCGUCGUUUAAUCGUCGGUGACCUCGAACCUGUCUGCAGUGGCAUCCAGUGGGCUGCCGAUGGAGUUGAUCCCGAGCUCCAGGUAUAUCGAAUUCAAACCAUCUCCGAUGCGGUCAAGUUGCCCAUCGAUCCUUUUUCAACUGCCUACUGGGAAAAGCCCAAGCCGGCAUCGACUGCAAAGGCUGCCGUUGCUGGCGCUUCUGGUCGCGCAACACUUAACGUCUUCCGUGUUCCUGUUGUCCCUGGUGGACCAGUGAGCACUGCUCUACCCCCAAAUUCGAAAGCCAAGCGACCAUUCCCACCAGAGCAACUUGGUGAAUUCAAAGAGGCUGUUGAAGGAAAUGAUCUCAGCAAGAUCGGGUUGGUCGAGAUCUUAAAGAAACGAUUCCCCAAGGUUUCCAAAGAGACGUUGAAAGCCACCAUCGACCUGGUCGCUGUUCGCGUGGGAGACAAGGAGGCUGACAAGAAAUGGACAUGUCGGUGA